AUGACGAGUCUUGAUCUAAAGAUCGUCGUUCUUGGACCAGCUGGCGUUGGAAAGACAUGUGUUAUCAACAGAUAUUGCAAUGACACAUAUCUUGAAAACACUUUGUCUACAAUUGGUGCAGGAUUUUUCCCUCAAACAGUAAAUAUCAACGACGUUGAGGUUAAUAUGAUGAUUUGGGAUACUGCAGGUGAAGAAAGAUUCAAAUCAAUCGCUCCUUCAUUACUUAGAGGCGCAAACGGAUUAGUUUUAAUAUAUGACGUAACCUCACCCGAUUCUUUCACAGACGUUGACAUAUAUCUCAACAUGUUCUUAGAUACAGUCGAUUACGAUCAAUCAAAACCUCUUCCAGUCAUGCUUUUAGGAAAUAAAGGUGACAUGUCACCAGUUGUAUCGGAUCAAACAGUUAACGAAUGGCUAUCAAAGAACAAUAUUCCAUUACAUAAAGUUGUAUCAGCUAAAACCGGAGAUGGCAUCAGCGAAGCUUUCACAGAAUUUGUUAAAACGUUCUUAACAAGAUCAUUGGAUCAGGAGAAGAGAAUGAACUUCAUUCAGAUUACUCCACCCGAUAAUACUAAGAAAUCCUCAAAUUGCUGUUAA